AUGCGAGCUUACUUCUAUGAUGGCCUUCCCGGCGACCAGCGCCUCCCUCAUAACUCGGGCAUGCCCGUCAGUGUUGACGAUCUCAUGAACAUCGGUGUCUACUACUACCACCUCCCUGAGCUCGAGUCGGUCGAUAACCUUGCCAAGGAGCGUGGCUACAAGAACCGCGACGAGAUCACUGUCUCUCCCCAAGCCAUGGGUGACAUUUACGAAACCAAGGUCAAGUCCUUCUUCGCCGAGCACUUGCACGAGGACGAGGAGAUUCGAUACAUUCGUGGUGGCCGUGGAUACUUUGAUGUCCGAAGCAAGGAUGACGACUGGGUGCGCGUGUUGCUCGAGAAGGAUGACCUUCUUAUCCUACCUCCAGGCAUUUACCACCGCUUCACUACUGAUGAGAGCAACUAUGUUCAUGCCAUGAGACUGUUCAAGGAGGACCCCAAGUGGACGCCUCUGAACCGAGGCCCCGAUGUCGACAAGAACGAGCACCGACAGGAAUAUGUGAAGCAGUUCCUGGGUGAGCCCAACCAGUAA